UAUCCUUAUCUCACAUUUGAGUUCUCUCCCUCUUCGCUAACUGUCCUUCUCUGCAAAAUCCCAAAAACCCUAGGCUCUUUCUGUAUUUUCAACACUCCCAAAAACUUAAAAAAACUUCCUCUUUUGUUUUUUUUUUUUUUUAAAUCUCAAUUUCCAUAAGUUAGGGGUUUUUACAUUUCCAUACGGUUCAGUCACAAUACACAUUGAUAGAUUAGGAUUAGAUAGCGAGAGUUCAAAUAAACCAAAAAAAAGACGCAAAUCGUGACCGUUAGGUUUUUUUUGGAUCUGAUCAUGGACGCACGAGAUUCGACAUCGAACCGAGACGUCUCGUCGAGCGGCGGCAGCGGCACCACCACCGGCGUCACCACCACCGGCGUCGGAGGAGGAGAAGAGGAUCCUAUCCUUUCCGUCACUGCCACGCUUGCCAAAGACGCAUGGUUACACUUUAACUCUCGCCGUUUCAAUGAGUGCCUCGAGGUUUUGUAUCAGCUAAAGCAGAAAAAGGAAGACGAUCCAAAGGUACUUCGUAAUAUUGCUAUUGCGGAGUAUAGUAGAGAUGGUUAUCCAGAUCCAAAGAAGUUGCUUGAAGUGCUUAAUAACAUUGAGGUGCUUCAUGAUAUUGCUAUUGCGGAGUAUAGUAGAGAUGGUUAUCCAGAUCCAAAGAAGUUGCUUGAAGUGCUUAAUAACAUUGAGAUUGCAACACUUGAAGAGAAUAAUCAGCUGAUGACACCUCCAGAAAACCAGAUGGCAACCCUUGAAGACAAGAAUCACUUGAUUACUACUCCAGAAUACCAGCUGGCAACCCUUGAAGAGAAUAAUCAGCUGAUUACUACUCCAGAAUACCAGAUGGAAACAUUUGAAGAAAAAAAUCAUUCUAUGCCUGCUCCUGAAACACAGCCUAACAAGAGGAGGAAAAGGAAGUCCAUGGUUUGGGAACACUUCACCAUAGAAACUGUAAGUGCUGAUAGUAGAAGGGCAUUCUGUAAGCAGUGCAAGCAAAGCUUUGCAUACAGCACAGGUUCAAAAGUAGCUGGUACCAGCCAUCUUAAACGUCACAUUGCCAAGGGAACUUGUCUAGCACUACUACGCAAUCAGGGGAAUCAACAAACACCUGGUGCGCCAGGGAUCAAUGGAAAUGGCAGUAUGUCUGAUCCACCAAGACGUCACUACAGAUCCCAUAGCUCAGCCUACAUUUCAUUUGAUUCAGAUCGUUGCCGCCCUGAAAUUGCCAGAAUGAUGAUUAUCCAUGAUUACCCUCUUCACAUGGUUGAACAUUCUGGAUUUGUAACUUUUCUCAAGAGUCUUGAACCCAGAUUUGACAUGGUGAGCUUUAAUAUUGUCCAAGGAGAUUGUGUCUCAAGUUACUUGAGGGAAAAGCAAAAUGUUAUGAAGUUCAUUGAGGGUUUGCCCGGACGUGUUUGCCUUACAUUGGAUGUAUGGACAUCUAGCCAAAGCUUAGGUUAUGUGUUUAUAACAGGACACUUCAUUGAUGGUUAUUGGAAGCCACAGAGGCGGAUUCUCAAUGUUGUGAUGGAACCGAACCCUAACUCAGAUGCAGCUCUUAGCCAUGCUGUUGCUACUUGCCUAUCUGAUUGGAGUUUGGAAGGCAAGCUAUUUUCUAUCACUUUCAAUCAGCCAGUGGGUGAACCUGGGCUUCAAAACCUCAGAUCUCUACUCUCUGUAAAAAAUCCCCUUAUCAUCAACGGUCAGUUAAUCCUUGGGAACUGCAGUGCUCGUACUUUAAGCAACUUUGCAAAAGAAGUGCUAUGGGCAGGGCGAGAGAUCAUUAAGAAAGUCCGUUACAGUGUAAAGUAUGUGAAGACCUCAGAAUUUCAUGAGCAAAAGUUCCUUGAGCUCAAGGAACAGCUUCAAGUCCCCAGUGAAAAAGACCUAUCUCUUGACAACCAAGCUCAAUGGAACACAACGUAUCAGAUGCUGGUGGCUGCUUCAGAGUUGAAGGAAGUAUUUUCUUGCCUAGAUACUUCCGAUCCUGAUUACAAAGAGGCUCCAUCCAUGGAAGACUGGAAGCAGGUUGACAUUCUAUGCACGUACUUGAAACCUCUUUUUGAUGCAGCCAACUUCCUUGCCUCUAGAACUAACCCAAACCAGAAGACAUUCUUCCACGAAGUCUGGAAGAUGCAUGAGCUGUAUCAUUCUAUUACAAGUCAUGGGGAUCCCUUUGUCAUCAGUCUUGCUGAAAUAAUGCAAGAAAAGAUAGACAAAUAUUUGAAGGAGUGCAUCCUAGCUUUGGCAAUUGCUGUAGUCUUGGAUCCUCGGUUUAGGAUGAAGUUGAUCGAGUUCAGUUUUGUGAAAUUCUAUGGUAAAGAAGCUAGCACAUACAUUAAGAUUGUUGAUGAUGCUCUCCGUGAGCUUUUUCUCGAAUAUGCGGCGCUUCCUCUCCCUCUUACGCCAGCUCAUGCUGAAGAUGGAAAUUUUGAGAACAUGAAGACUGAAGAAAUUUCAUACAAUGAGCUCACAGAUUUUGAUGCGUAUGUGGAGACUACUAGUCAAAAUAAGAAGUCGGAGCUGGAGCAGUAUUUAGAAGAGUCUUUGUUGCCUCGCUUCCAAGAGAUGGAUGUACUGAAAUGGUGGGAAGAGAACAAGCUCCAGUAUCCAGUUCUUUCAAAAAUGGCUCGUGAUAUAUUGACCAUGCAGGUGUCUACUGCUGAUCCUGACUCUGUAUUUGAUACCGAGAUCAAAGAGCUGGAUGAGUAUCGGAGUUCUUUGAGACCUGAAACCGUGGAAGCCCUUGUAUGUGCAAAGGACUGGCUUCAGUACAGAUCUGCUACAGAAGUUUCUAAUGCUCUUGUGAAAGUAGAGGAUCUUAGAUCUUAGUGCUCAGUGUCUCUGACUAUAGGUUCCUUGUUAGUCUCGAUUAUAAUCUUCUACUUUUACAUUAGGCUAGAUUUUGAUCUAGAUUGCUUGAACACGAGAACUUCAGUUUUUACAGUAGCUUUUCUGAUUUUAUGA